AUGUCAAGAGAAGACUUUGAUUUGGAGGCCAGAAGAUUGCUCACACGGGAGGCAGUUCAUCUUCACAAUGAGUUUCUGUUAGCUAUACUCACUAGAUGUCAGACUUACAGUUCUAUGCUGAUGCCUAGAGAUCUGAACUGCUCCAGUCUCGCGUACACACCAGCUGCUAAAGCACUUAGGAAAGAAUCUCACAAAAUUAAAAGCAAAAAAGCAAAAACAACAAGAUCAGCUUUUGUGCAAAGGUUCCAGCCAGCCAGUCCCUUGAACUAUAGUUCGGUGGUGCUGCCAGGACCUCCAGAGGAGGAGGGGGCAAUCAGUUUCUGUACCAGAGAGAUGAUGUUGCCAGAUAUUGGCAUGGUGCAUGGGCGGAUGCUGGUGAUGGCCUGGGAUCAAGGUCUGGAGGACGUCAAAGAUGAUGCUGUGAGGCUUGUCAUGCAAGCAGUAGAACACCAACUGAAAUGUGUUCUAACUGCAGUGUUUUCACAACGUAAUGGAUUUCAAAUGAGAGAAAGAAGAUUUAAGCAUGCCAUGGGCACCCAAGCUCCGCAAGACAACAUCAGAAACUCUGAAAGCCUGCAUGAACAUAUAUCUGGCAGUGCACCAACUGCUGUAUCUAGUAAAGGCACCCACAUCCCGUCCAUGAAGAGGUCCCUAGAACUUGGUGCAGCUGGGGCAUCCUUACAGCUCUCUUGUGGGGGCAGUGAAUCUCCAGCCAAGAGUCCAGUGUCUCUAUAUGAGUUAAUGGCUUCAUUAGAGGUCUAUAGGAGUUGUAUACCAUCCCAUACAGUGUUUGUGACAAAUAUGGAACGGAUAAUCAGUAAACUUUGGCAUGCCAGCAAAGAAGAAGUUGAACAAGAGUAUAUUCACAAACAAGAAGUGCAAAUAAAAACAGACUUGGCCUCUAGUAGGUUCAUUAGGCUAUAGCAUUAGCCACAGUCCAUGGGAAUGCAUAAGGAUGUAAUGUUAAAUAAACAUUUAAAAUCGCAUGCAAGGCCAUUAAGCCUAGCUGAAGUUUUCAUGUAGAAUUAUUUGGUGGAACAGUGUAGUUGUCUUAUAUUUGAAAUAACUGUUGACAGACUGAACAAGGAACAAUUUUUACAGAUAAUCAUGAUACAUAGUUUUUCAGAUGUAAGUGAUUUGGAUAUUUUUUAAAAUUAUAUAUUUUCACCCAAGACUGUUAAUUUUGGCAGGAGUGUCAUGCCUAAUUAGGCACCCCAUCUUGUACAAUACUGCAAAGUGAAACAACAUACUUAGACAAUCAUAAUUUUCUUGACAGUACUUGACAUGCAGGUUAGCAUUAAAACUUGCUUUACAAAAUACUACUUUGGCUAGGUAAAGUAAAAACUAUUUCCAUAUUGCCAAUUUAUUACCCUUUUGAACUAGUAUUUCUUCUUCACGUUGACGUUAACCUUUUUUCUGCUGUGGUGGAUGUCCAUUCUCUUUGUAGAUAAUAAAAUAAAAGCAUGACCCCAAUCUUGGAGUCAAGGUUCCAUUAAACAAAGCAGCAAAGCUGUCAAAUGUACCAACACUGAGAAAGAAUAAUCCAAUCAAGUUGGUUUGCCAACUCUGUCAUUGAUUCUUUUUAGUUACAGUUUUCCCUUUUGCAGAUUUAUAGUGGCAGUAAACAAGAUGAUUUUUUAUCCAUUUUGAUGAAAUAUUAUAUAAUACUUAAGACACCAAUUUUUAUUAAUAUACUAUAAUUAUCAGU